UUGUUACCUUCGGAGCAGCUCUCUCCAUAGCAACUGAAAACUUGCUGGGCUGAAAUAAUCCUCUCCAGCUCCCAGCGCACGGUCAAGGAAUUUUAAAAACAGAGGAGUUUGUAACCACACAGUACUCUCCGAGAUUUGAAAAGCCGCAGACCUCCAGAUAAAUAAUCACUUAUCUUUCUUCUGAAGAAAUUCCUCUAGUUACAAGUUCACACUGGGAACACCAACCACCCAUCUCCAUCAAAGACAGACUCGAGAUAAAGGAAGAGUGGAAAUGUGCUUCUGGACAAAGCUUUCAGUAUUUUGGGUGCCAUUGUUCCUUCUACUCAGCCUUGUGCCCUCGACUGAGACCGAAAAACCCUCCACCCAGGACAGCAGCGGCACCUGGAGUCCUGGCCAACUGACAGAAGUACUCCGAGUUCUCUCUGCUGACAAACACCCACCCCUGAACCACUCAAGAACCUUCAUCAAAACACUGUUGGAGAAAACUGGCUGCCCACGGAAGACAAACAGGAUGCAAGGAGACUGCAAUCUGUGCUUUGAACCAGAUGCCCUGUUGCUAAUAGCUGGAGGAGAUUUCCAAGAUCAGCUCAGAGAGGAAGUGGUCCAGAGAGUUUCUCUUCUCCUGCUCUAUUACAUUAUUCAUCAGGAGGAGAUCUGUUCUUCAAAGCUCAACAUGAGCCAUAAGGAGUAUAAAUUUUACCUACACAGCCUCCUCAGCCUCAGGCAGGAAGAAGACUCCUAUUUCCUUUCCCAGAACGAGACAGAAGAUAUCUUGGCCUUUACCAGGCAGUAUUUUGACACUUCUGGAAGCCAGUGUAUGGAGACCAAAAUGCUGCAGAAAAAGUCUGGGAUCCUAACCAGUGAUGGGGCUGAUGAAAAUACACUUCCUCAGUUGGCAGCAACAAUCAUUGCUUUGUCCCUCCAAGGUGUUUGUCUGGGGCAAAGAAACUUGCCUUCCCCAGACUAUUUUACAGAAUACAUUUUCAGUUCUUUGAAUAGUACAAAUACUCUACGUCUGUCAGAACUAGACCAACUCCUCAACACUCUCUGGACCAAAAGUACCUGCAUCAGAAAAGAUAAAAUCCAUCAACUUAAAAGGAAACAAAACAAUAUAACAAUCCAUGAUUGGAGUUACCCUAAUCUAUCUGUAUCCAUGGACCAAGAGUCAGGUGAUGAUCCAAUUUCCUGGGAUCAGACUUGCUUCUCUGCUGGGCAGCUGGUACAGAUCUUUCUACAAGACAGCCUUUCACCAAUUUCUAAGGAGGGCUUUAAGCAAAUGAGUCCAGGAAUCAUCCAGCAGUUGCUCAGCUGCUCUUGCCAGCUGCCCAAGGACCAACAAGCAAAAUUGCCACCUACCAUUCUGGAGAAAUAUGGCUACAGCACAGCGGCUGUGACUCUGCUCACGCUGGGCUCCAUGCUCGGGACCACACUGAUCCUUUUCCACAGAUGUGAAGAGAACUACAGCCUUAUUUUACAGCUGUUUGUGGGCCUGGCUGUUGGGACACUCUCUGGGGAUGCUCUGCUCCACCUUAUCCCUGAGGUUCUUGGUUUACAUAAGCAGGAAGCCUCAGAGUCUGGACAUUUCCAUGAAAGCAAAGGUCACAUUUGGAAACUGUUGGGAUUGAUUGGAGGCAUCCAUGGAUUUUUCGUGAUAGAAAAAUGUUUUAUUCUUCUUGUAUCACCAAGUCCCAAGGGCGUGUCAUUGGUUAAUGGGCCUCUGGGACAUUCCCACCAUCUUGCACUCAACUCCGAAUUAAGUGACCAGUCAAGCAAAGGCAAAUCUGCUUCAACUAUCCAGUUGAAAGGACCAGAAGAUUUCCAGGCAGCUGAAAUUCCUAUAGGCACUAUGACAGCCUCCAACAGAAAAGGCAAACCCAUUAGCUUGUUAGCAAUAAUGAUACUGGUUGGAGACAGCCUGCAUAAUUUUGCAGAUGGCCUUGUGAUCGGAACAGCCUUUUCAUCUUCAUCUGAGUCAGGAGUGACCACGACAAUUGCUAUCUUGUGUCACGAAAUUCCACAUGAAAUGGGAGACUUUGCUGUGCUCCUGAGCUCUGGACUUCCAGUUAAGAUUGCCAUCCUGAUGAAUUUCCUAAGUGCUCUAACUGCCUUCAUUGGACUGUACACUGGCCUCUCUGUAUCAACUGAUCCGUGUGUUCAAAACUGGAUCUUGACAGUUACUGCCGGGAUGUUCUUAUAUUUAUCCUUGGUAGAAAUGCUUCCUGAAAUGACUCAUGUUCAAACACGACGACCCUGGUUGAUGUUUCUCCUGCAGAAUUUUGGAUUGACCCUAGGUUGGCUUUCUCUGUUACUCUUGGCUAUAUAUGAACAAAAUAUUAAAAUAUAAGUUGAUUUUCAAAAUCCUUCAAAAGUGAAUUUAUAUGGCCUCAUUUUGUUUCUUUUGUUGUACUCUGUAGUGUCAUGUAAAAUAAGUAUUUUUUAUCUUAGGUGAGGUGUGUAUCUUUUAGUUCAUUAACUUAUUAAUUUUUUAGUGAAAUUGUGCUUGUAGUAUGUAAAUGUCAGGUUGUUCUUACUUGAAAUUUUGUUUUUAGUGUCCAACACCAUGAUGGAAAUCAUACCUUUUUUAGUCAUUAGUAAAUUCUAAAUUAAUUCUGGUAAGCUUUCAAAAAAUAUCAUUUCCCUAAUAAAGAAUGUUUGUUUAUAAUAUUUGAAGUGGAAAGAUGCCUGUUUGGAUAAAAUUUGCUGCAACUUUCUUGGUGUCAAUAAUAUAUUUUUUUCUGUGAGAUUAUAUACCAUAAGCAAACUAAAUUACAAACAAAUGUAAUAAAGUGUAAUUUUAAUGUGAUG